AUACAUACAGGUGUAGCAAGAGCCAGCGAUAUAGCGAGAAGAAAAGAGAAGGGGAGUUGUCCGGUGUGCCGCGCGAACAGCCGACACGAAAAACAUGGCUGUAUUAUGCAAACUUUCGAGAUAUUUCAAAAACUGUAGAUCAAUAAAAUUGAAUCCACUUGUCAUAGAAAACAGUCGCAAUCGUGGAUUUCGUACGGUCGUGCAAGAACCAAAAUCCCGAGGGUUAUUAAGAUUAAGCCUGAUAAGUGGCAGUGUGGGUGCUGUUCUCGGAAUAGGUUAUGCGCUGGAGAAAAUACGCAGGGACCGGGAAAAUCUCGCUCUUGAUGGAAAAGAGGUUGAAAUUGAAAUUUUAAAGCACAAACCACCGAUUCAACCUUCGAGACGAAUUAUUUCUCCAGUCGAUCCAACAGGAUUGAAAUUGACACUUUAUCAGUAUCAAACGUGCCCUUUUUGCUGUAAGGUUAGAACAUUUUUGGACUAUUAUGGAUUGUCUUAUGACGUUGUCGAAGUCGAUCCUGUCUUACGACGGGAAAUCCAGUGGUCGACAUAUAAAAAAGUUCCGAUACUGUUGGCCAAAGUAGCGGGAGGUUAUCAACCCUUGAAUGACAGUUCCAUGAUCGUUUCUGUUUUGGGGUCCUACAUUCAUGAUCCCAUUCACAAAAUUGAAGAACUUGCCAAAUAUUAUCCAGUCUUAGCAGUCCACGACAACAAUGGCAAUUUCAAACACGACGUUGUUAAUAAAUAUUUCCUCAUGUAUCAAGGGUCGGUGCCUCCUAACAGAACUUUGAACGAUAUUGCGGAAGAACGAAAAUGGAGAAAAUGGGCUGACGACGUUUUCGUUCAUACACUUUCCCCCAACGUUUACAGAACACUCGGCGAAGCUUAUCAAACCUUCAAUUGGUUCUCCGAUAUUGGCAAGUGGGAAGAGUAUUUUCCAACGUGGGAACGUUUAAUAAUGAUAAAUAUUGGAGCCUGCGCGAUGUGGCUGAUCGGGAAACGCCUCAAGAAGAGGCACCAUCUCAAGGACGACGUCAGACAAUCGUUCUACGAUGAGAUCAACCAUUGGCUCCACGCUAUUAAUUCUCGAGGUGGACAAUUCAUGGGUGGACAAAAUCCAGAUUUGUCGGAUCUCGCGGUUUACGGUGUGCUACGUAGUAUCGAAGGUUGUGAUGCGUUCAAAGACGCUCUCGACAAUACCAAACUCGAGUCUUGGUAUCAAGCGAUGAAGGAAAAAGUCGAUAGUCAUAGCGGGAGCGUCGUUCUUCCGGGCUAAAACUUUUUUGUUCCAUUUCCAAAAAUUCUUUUUUUUCCACUGUACAGUCCACGUUUAUUUGACAUAUUUCACGAACGGUUAUUCGUAGAAAUUGAAUAGAGAUUGAAUGCACCAAAGGAUCGUCCAAUAAAGAAUUCUAAUAUUUAACAGAUCGAAAAAUUUGAUCCUUUUUUGAAAAAUGUUCGUGUUAUUGGAAGGACACGGAGGAACAAAAAUAUGCGUUAAGUUACAGUAACUCAGGAUUUCACUUGCUUCUUGAAAAAAAUCGAGAACUUCAGGCUUGUAUAUUCUGAUAAGUAUAAAUAAAUUAUCGAAGAUCGAAGAAA